AUGCUCGGAAGCUCUGGGGAAUUCUCCGAUUCAAGGAUUUACGCCAUGAAUAUCCCCUUUGAAGAAUUGCUGUGGGUCGGGUCAAAGACCUAUAAGCCCGCCGUGGGAAAGAGCAAAGAGGGAGACCAGACAUGGUUGCCAGAUGAAAAUGUCGGCUGUCCAACUCUAGUGGUCGAAACCGGAGUCUCAGAGUCGUUGCCUCGCCUCCGCCAGGACGCGAAGAGAUGAGGUCAGUUCCCCAAUGUUCCACCUUCCAUUACGCAGCCCGCGUCACUUCAACAAGCUUACUGUGCCCAGGAAGUGGAACUAGACCAAAGUGAGGUGGUCGGCAAACCGCACGUGGUGGGGACCUGUUAUCCACCAAGAUGUCCCACAUAA